AUGAGGGAGAGUAGUGAAGAAGGCAAGGAAGUGUCUGCUAAGGUGAUAGAAGGGGUAGUGGAGGCCAGCCACCAGGAGAAGUUAAUGCAGAGUCAACCUUUCAGUGCUGAAAAAAUGAAGUGGCUUGGAGAAGCUGCAUUAACAUUCCGAUUGGGGAAACAUAUGAGAGAUGUAAUUGGAGCAGCUACAGCAGGACAGAACUACUACCGAUCCUGUAUGGACAACACUGUCUCCUAUAUGAACACUUACUCUAUUCCAAGAGAGGUCCAAAAUCGGGUUCGAACCUGGUAUGAAUACACGUGGGACUCUCAGGGAAUGCUGGAUGAAUCAGAAUUACUGGAGCAGAUGCCAACCAAAAUGCAAUUGGCCAUUGCAAUUGAUGUGAACUUUGCCAUUGUCAAUAAAGUUGACUUAUUCAAAGGAGAGAUCGGCAGAGAGAUGUACAUCAUUAAACAGGGCGAAGUUCAAGUCCUUGGAGGCCCUGAUGGUACAAAAGUCCUGGUUACACUAAGAGCAGGAGCUGUAUUUGGGGAGAUCAGCCUAUUAGCUGCAGGUGGGGGAAAUCGAAGGACUGCCGACGUGGUGGCUCAUGGUUUUGCCAACCUUUUCAUUCUGGACAAGAAAACACUCAAUGAAAUCUUGGUGCACUAUCCUGACUCAGAAAAACUUCUCAUGAAGAAAGCAAAAGUGCUGCUGAAGCAGAAGGGGAAACCUGCUCCAGGACCACCAGUGAAACAGCCACACGGCUUGGGCAGUCUGUUUGGGAAGAAACAGGAAACUCCCACAUUAUUUAAAGUGAUGUUUGGAGGUAAAGGAAAAGAAGGCCUUGCUAGGCUGUUGCAGCUGAAGAGAGAACAAGACAUUCAGGAAACUCAAGCUGAAGCACAGGGUAAACCUGAGUCUGAGGAGAAGAAACCCGUGGAGCCUGCGGCCUCAUCUGCACCCCCUGCAAAAAAGGAAGAGCCGAAUGCAGACGCUAAGCCUAAACCACCUGCAGUUAUGCAGAGAACCACCACUAAUGAGUCUCUGAUCAUUAGUAUGUCUCCAUCUCCCAGAGCAGAAGAAGGAGAGAUCCUUACAGUUGAAGUUAAAGAGAAAAAAAAGAAAUAGAUGGUGCUUUGGGCCGUGGCCCCAUCUGUUGUCUUGCUGAAUUCAGAGGCCGAGCGUGACUUUGCUUUUGGGUACAAAAGAUUGAACAUAGACACUAGUUAAAAGAAAAGCCUACCCCUGCUCCUCUUCUUUCCCUCUCUUCUGAGACAG